AUGUCUUUAGAAAAUGAGGAGUUGAGGAAUCCACAACAAAUUGUUGAUGCUUUUGCUAAGCAUUUUCAGUCCACCUACAUACAGCUAUCUACUGAUUGUUUCUCUACGGGAAAUGUUUCAAGACUCCCUGUUACGACAGUUGAAGUGCAACACGUACGGAAUGCAAUGAAAAGGCAAAUAAACAUUGCUUCGUCCGAGGAUGCAGUCAUCAGAAUUUUACAGUACCAAAUCCAAGAACACCAUACUUUAUAUAAUGCAAUAAUGGAUAGUAGCGAGACCGAAAAUCACAGACUUAAACCUAGGAGCAUGUCUGUGAACGAGACUUUUCUAGAUACCGUACUUGCAGAAAAAUGUGAACUCAGAUUAUCGCCAAUUAAGUACUUCUUUCCCGGUAGAUUUUUUACUGCAGGUAUGACAGUGCUCUCUACCCAAUCUGAGAAGGAAAUCGCAUCAAACCAACCUGAUGGACUUCUAUUAAAUCUGACGUCCUUUGGUCCUCCAACUGUCCAAGAUAAGAGGCUCCAAGCUCAACACGACAUAGCACUUCGUGCGGUGGUGGACGCACCGUCGUACGUACCCAACGGAGUGCUAUAUGACGAACUCCGACAGGUACCGGUCGUAAUCCAGAUGAGAGAGAGGGCCCGAAAGUUCUUCGAAAAGAACGAACGACACGGAAAUCAGCUGAUUAAGGACGCCUUGGAUUACGACCCAAGAACAGUUCCACAAACUGAAAACGACUGGAUUGCUAUAGCAAAGGGUUUCGAAAAGAGAUGGAAUUUCCCUCAUUGUCUUGGCAGCCUAAAUCGAAGAGAUAUCGAUAUAAUUCCUCCAGCCAACAGUGGAUCUUUUUUUUCAAUUACAAACAUAGACACAGUUUAG